AAUUAUCCACACAACUUUUGUCUAUCAGCGUUGCGCGGGAUGCCCAUACUAGUCAUUAAUUAGAUCUAGACUUAGCCGUGACCGAAAUCGGGUCAAAACUAUCAAUAAUAAGUUGGCUCAGAUGGUACAAGGGCUAGCAUGCCUCCGAUUAAGGCAAAAAGUAGCACCGUUGAGAGUUCAGGUGAGAACGCAGGAUCUGAAAGCGGGACGAUGAGCCACAUGGAAGGUUGCUUUAAGCUGUCAGACUUCUGGGACUCGUAUGACCAGUGGAGCGCGUGCGGGGUCGGGGUGCCCAUAAGGCUCCCGAAUGGCGACUGUCUUAUGCAGUACUACUGGCCUUCCCUCUCUGCCUUGCAGCUCUUCACUCGCCGAAAGAUUAGGAUUCCCAUGAUGAAGGCAAGAUCAGCGACCAAAUCUGAGAGCAAUGCUUUCACCGGCGAGAAAAUUAAAAGCUCAUCGGAUAAUCACCCGAGCUUGGAAACAGAUGAAAUAAUAAUAUUGGGAAACACAGAAGAGGUUGGCGAACUGUGCUGUCAGUACAACGACAUAGUCAAUCCCUACGGGCGUCCUCCUCUUACUGAAAGGGUAAGAUCGUUAAUCGAGAGGUACCCUGAAUUAGUAACUUUGAAGAGCAGCGAUCUGACUUCUCACAGUUGGGUGGCAGUUGCAUGGUACCCAGUCUACCGGGUCCCAAUCAGCACAGUGAAGGAGUUGAAUGCAUCGUUCAUGACAUUUCACAAGCUCAGCUCAGCUUCUCCAUGCACCAAGAGAAUGUUGCCGGUCGUGGAGACCGAAAACAUCAAGCGCGAGAAGAUGCAACUAGCUGGGAAGAAAGCCGGAGGUGAAGCCAAGAGUAGACUCCCCCACACAGCAGUGAUUCCUCCAUUUGCCAUGAGCACUUACAGGAUGUCCGGGGAGGUCUGGUUCAGUCCCGGGACAGACGACCUUCAGAUGGCCAUCUACUAUCAGCAGACUGCUUGGCGCUGGAUUAAGCAGCACAAAUUCAAGCACCAUGACUUCAACUUCUUCAUGUCUCGAGGUAUCCGGUCGUGAUGAUGCAAAACUAUACAGUUUAGCUCUCCAACUUUUGGGCUCAGUUACGCCGCAACCCCCUGUGAUGAGUAGUACCUGCAGAGUCGCCAGAGGCGUUUCUCAUCUAGUUGAGGGAAUAAUCUCCAGUUUCCUUUCCUAGCUUGUUGGAUACUCGUUUUAUUUUUAAGCUCGAGUUCCGGACAUUUCCGAGGGUUCUUGUUUGCCACCCAAGGUAGAAAUUGAGCUAGGGACAAUUUAGCAUAUAACCAACCUUUCUGUUCUGACUAUAUUAUUCUUAACCCAAAAAAAAAAAAAAGGAGAAAAAUGAAAAAGAACAUCUUCUGUA